AUGUAUGCCACUCACUCAUUCUGGUUUGAGGCAUUAUUCUGGUGGUAUAAUGUCAAACAAGCCAAAGGACCUGGAGUUACUUCUGCUUUAACCUGGAACGAAUUAAAGGAGCAUAUUAUGGAGAAAUUUUGUCAUAAAAUUGAAAAAGACAAAAUCGAAAGAGAAUUUAUACAACUACAAGCUGGGACAAUGACGCAUCGUCAGUACACAACUAAAUUUUAUGAAAUGGCUAGGUUACUUCCUGAGCAUGUAAAACCUGAAGCCAAGCGUGUAAAAAGGUAUGUGCAAGGGUUACCUCCUCGUAUUCGAGAAUUGGUUCGAAUUUCUGCCCCAAAGACAUACGAAUCGGCAAUUGCGUUAAGUGCAAUUGCAUACGAAGAAGAUGGCAAGAUAACGAGUGACAAUAAAAUGAAAUGA